AUGAUCGAUGAGUCUGGCAGUGGUUUGUGCCCUGCUAUGCGUUGCUCUAGUUUCAGAGGCAUUUCCGGGUCCUUACAUGCUGUCGGCAACACCUGGUUUGGAGCCCGCCGUCUGACUCGGCAGACGUGGCCGCAAGGCAGCGACCUCGAUGUACAGAUAUCCGCAGCCGAGCAGACUCUCAGUUUUUUGGUCCUUCGACCAGUCUUGUGUUGUUCCACCUUCCACAGCACCGUGGACGCGGGCUUGUCUUUCUUUGUCUGUCACCUGUGUUGGUGUGAAGCCGGAAGUCCUCAACUAGGUCAUUCCUCCCACAGAAGCAGAAGUUGCAAGCUGUUUGUUGUCUUGACACGUGCUUUGCCCCUCUGCCUCUUGAGCUCGAAAACCAGCAAGUGGCUUGCCAGAAUAUCGAAACAGAGCAAGUUGUCACAUCAACAGAUGCUUGAGACCGGCAAGGUGGCAGCAGGUAACUCUCAAGCAGUGUCAGGUACUCACUUCUUCGUGGUUGCGCAGGGCGAGUUCUGCGUUCUGAAAGACAACAACCCGCACUGCUACAUUGGGUCUGGAGCCGAAGCAAGCAGCAUCCUGGGGCCCCCCCCUCUGUUAAGCCAGCCUCGACAAGUGCCAGGUCGGGGAAGUCCUUCGGUGAGAGUGUCCUCCUGCUCUUCGGGGAGCGCAGCGCAACGGUGUUUGCCCCAGCUUUAG